UCUGAGCUUGUGGAUAUUAAGAUUUUUUUUCCCGCCUUUGGUAUCCAACGGGAAAAUAAUCCUCAAAAUGCGUCUUAUACAGAACAUGUCCACCAUCGCGGAGUACUCAACUUCAGAGUGCCCGUCUGGUCGGGUUAUCAAAAUAGCAGUGAUUGGUGGAAGUGGCGUUGGAAAAACUGCGCUGGUUGUGAGAUUUCUAACAAGACGAUUCAUCGGUGAUUAUGAGAGAAAUGCAGGUAAUCUCUACUCUCGUGAUGUCCAGAUCGACAAUGAGCAAGUUGCCAUCCAAGUUCAGGACACGCCAGGCGUUAAUGUCACUGCAAAUGGUCCAGGAUGCACCGACCACGUGACUCGCUCCAUCCAGUGGGCCGACGCCAUCGUCCUGGUUUACUCUGUAACUGACCAGCGCAGCUUCGAUUUCAUUGGUCAGCUCCACCAGCUUGUCAUGCGCGCCCACGCCGAUAAGACGAGCAUGCCGCCUGUCAUCCUGCUGGCCAAUAAGGCGGACCUGCUGCACGUGAGGCAGGUGGACGCCCAGCAGGGCCCGCUCCUAGCCUCCGCCCUGGGCUGCUGCUUCUACGAGGUGUCGGCCAGCGAGGACUACAGCCAGGUCCACGGCGCCUUCCACCGGCUGUGCCGCGACCUGGCCAAGCAGCAGCCCGCCGCCGCCGCCGCCGCCCUCCCCGUGUCCGGCUCCGCCGCCACCGGGUCCGAGAAGCGGCGCUCCCCGCUCAUCCCCCGGCCCAAGUCCCCCAACAUGCAGGACCUCAAGAGACGCUUCAAGCAGGCGCUGUCAGCCAAGGUGCGCACAGUCACCUCCGUGUGAUGAUGAUGGAGAGCGAAAGACCCGAGAGACAAAUCUAUACAAGAAGGGAACGCUGAAGGCUGACCUGAAAAG